CUAAUGCAUACGACUUCGGCAUUUUCGGUGUGGUGCUGGUUAGUAUUGUCUAUUCUCAGAUAUAUUGCAGUAUUUCAUCCUAUUAAAUACAGAACUAUUUGGAGACAAGCACUCGGUUGUUGUUGCCUUGUUUUCGAAUCCUGGAUUCUGGUUGUUGUCGUGUAUAGUGAAGAUGGGCGCAUAUGUACAGAGCAAGCGAGCAUAUCUCAACACAACCUUGAGGUAGUGUGA